AUGAUGCGUUUAUCAUCGAAACGAGAACCUCACAUUAAUAAAAGUAAAAAAGAAAUAUCAACCGAAAUAUUCAAUAUAGAAACAAUUCCAAUAGUUAAUCUUCUAGAAAAAGAGAAUUCAUCCUUAGAUAGAAACGAGUGGGCCCUUUUAACAAAUAUUACAAAUAGUUAUGAUGAAUCGAAAUUAUUCUUGACGAGUCAACAUUUACAAUCUGAACACGAUUCAUCACGAUGUUUGGUUACAAUAAAUGAAGAACUCGUACGCAAAUAUAUUGUUAGCAUUUAUGAAUCAAGUGGAAUAUUUAUUGGCCGUAAUAGUGAUAUCAGUAAUCUAUCAUCGAAUAGCCGAUCCAUUAUAUUACAUACUGCUGCUGACAAUGUUACUUGUUUAAUGAGCAGUUUUACAUUAUAUCAUUCACAUUUAUUUCAACAUAAAGCUCUAACGAAUUUUCUUGCCAGUCAAUAUGGAAAAAUAGAAGUGGACUAUUAUUGUUGGUCAACUAAAUUUACUCCAUUGGAUAGUGUCCUAUUUAAAUUAGGAUUAUCUUUAUUUGCGUUUUCUUUAAAUGCUCGAAUAUUUCAUAGGGAUAUGUGUAUAGAAUUUGAUAAUCUUGGUGAAAUAUUAGAAAUUCAAAAUAAAUAUGCUGAAUUAACAUGGAAAUAUCUUAUUUAUAGAUAUGGUUAUCAUGAAGCUAUUCGUAAAUUUACGAUUUUAAUUCAAUGGUUUUUAUCCGCAACUGUUUUGAUUUCAUAUGCACAUAAUACUGAAACACACGCGAAUGAUAUCGAUUCAUUAAUUGAACAAGCAGAAUUAACAUUUAUUUUAGAUGAUGCUGAGAAAAUGGUUACAACAAAUUAG